AUGCCAGCGUGGUUUACCCUUUACCGUGUCUGGAAAGUGGACAAAACAAACCCACCUGAUUUUGAACUCUCUGGAGAUGAGGAAGAUGACCUGGAGAAGGUCACAAUUACAUAUGAGAAUGAUUCCAAGCACAUUUAGGUUUCUUGCUCUCCAUAUCAGCAAACUAUACAUCCAUACCACCUUCUUUAUCAUAAAAGAACCUACAAAGCCCUAAUUUUACUAGGCUUUGAUAGCCCGAAGACUGACAACAAAAAUCUUUUGGCUUAGAGACACAAACUAAUUUCAAAAUUGACCCAGAUUCUUACAUUGAGACACAUUAAGCAGAAUUCAUUUGAAUUCUUUACGGAUAACCACACUCCCACAUCAUAUUGUGAUCUUGCUAGUAUUAACAAUCCUAGUACUUUUAAGAAAAUAAAUAAUUCUUUAAUAAAUGCAUUAUCAAUUUGCUAAGACAGAAACUCCGCAUGACAGGGAGACAAGGAAGACAGGUUUGUUGUGCUUGACAACUAUGGAAAUAGGUGAUGUUUUGGGGGGUUAGUUGAUGGCUUUCAUGGUGUGGCUGCUGCAACAGUUGCAGCAAAGCUUCAACUUUUAUUUCUUGACCAGCUUUCCCCAGUGGCUUCCUCCUGAAAGGAUAAACGGCGAGUUCUAGAUUCUUGUGCCACACUGAUCAGGGCAGCUUACAGAGAGAAAGAAUUUUUCUCUGAUAAACCAGACAACGAUGAGACCCAUACUUACGAAUGGAUCCACAAAGCGUAUGCCAAGCCCUUCUGGAGAAGGCAUAGGCUUUUACCACUGGGAACGAAUGAGGUUUCCAAAGUUCCCUGUAGUGGCUGUUCAGCAGUUACCUGCUUGGCAGAAGGAAUCCCCAGCAAAGAGACAGAUGGCACUGAGGAAAAAGAAAGAAGACACUUCGAAAACAACACACACCCAUUAGCCAGGACAGCCAAAGGUGUUGCGGGUACUAAAAAUUUUACACUGCUAUAUACAGCUUUGAAUCCAAAACUCUCGAUUAGUUCAUUCAGCCAUAGUAUUUUGAAAGCACACACUCACAUUUUAGAAGGAACUAUUUGCAAAGUGAAAUUUCUUAGGAAACUGAUGACCACAAAAAAAAAAAGAAAAAGACAACCUGAUCCAGAACUGUCUCUUUUCAGUAAGAAUGAAGUAAAUUCAUGGAACAGAGAUAUAAAGCAGCCAGAUUCUAGAGCACAAAGUGGUUCUGAAGAACUGAAACAGUUUGAGGACAGAGAAGUUCAUCUAUGUAACAGUUUUUAGCCACAGUCACAGGCUGCAGAGCAAGAAACAGACACCAAUGCUUUUUGUGCAACAGCUCAAAGUUGCACCCAUAAACAGCUGCAAGAGAACAUACUGGCAAUAGGGUCUAAAGACAUCAACCAGCCCCCCAGGGAUACAAAAGCACACCUAUCUAAUUAUGACUCAGGUCCACAACUGGCAGAAAAAAUGGACUCCAAGACAUUUUGUGACAAACCUGCAAGGCCAAAGCUGCUAAUGACCGUAUCAUCAGUGGGUUCUAGACCACCACCACAGUUUGAAGAGGACACAAACACACACCUGCCUAAUUGCGAAUCACGAACUGCAGGAAGAGGCACCUCUGAGACACUCUAUGACAAUGCAGGAAGCUACGUCAGUGACCAACUGGUAAAGAGUGCAGUAGCUGCAGGUUCAAUGUAUAUUACUAUUUUGAUGGUAGUUCUAAAUGGGUGUGAUAAGAUACCCAAUUACCUCAGCACUUAAAAAAUAAUCAUAGGAUAACUGGAGUGCCACAGUAUAUAUAUAGGUACAAGCUUUUAUUUAUCUGUGUCAUGAAUUUACUUGCAAUCAUCUUAAAUGCUGACCCACAUAGUAAAUCAGACACCUCGUCUGGAACUGUGCAAAUGCAAUAAAACCUUCUGAAAUUCUCAGUAAGAAACAGUAAUCAAAAACCUCUUUUUUUAAACCAUUUUAUUCAAACCUGAGCACCUCAAUAUAAAACUAAACACUGGUGAACUGCCAUUUUCCUUGCUAAACCCAGAUUACUGCAAAUUUAAAAUCUGCACAAGUAAGCUUCUGCUAUCAGUUCAACAUUUAAAUAGACUAAUUCAUCUCUUCUGACACACUUGGUAGAUUUCAUAUAAUGAAAAUAACUAAAAGAAUUAGUGCAAUAUACUGGACAGAUCAAAAUAAAAUGUACUUUGGAAAACAAAGUUGCAAAGUUCAUUACUGACAGACAGCAGUACUUAUGUUACAGAUACAGGAGCAUCAUUUAUUACUGUUCUAGCCAUAAAGGAAGAACUUAGAACCCCCUUUGAUUAGAGAGGAAAAAAGUUAGCUUUAAGUAACUGUACAUUCUGUAUACCUUUAAGCAACUCUUAAAUAUUACAGAAAGUAUUAAACAAAUGUAGACUACAAUGCAGAGUACCUAUUUACAGUACAUUAAUAUCCAAAUUUAAAAUCAAGUUGGAUGUACAUAAUCAUUAGUGCACUAUUUUUUUCCUUAGGGGAAAAAUAAACUGUAAUAGCCAAAACCAAGAAAUCAAGGUUUGACCAAGGGAUCGAAACCAAGAAAGAAGUCACAGACACCAAGUUUGUUGUGGUUUUACUUGAAGAGCUCUUAACAGUUUGUAGAGGGAAAAAAAAAUAAAAAUAAA